CAUGGUUAUUCGUUUGUGUGUAAUAAUUCUGCUUUGUAGUGGUGGGAUUCAUGGAGAUCAGAAAGCAGUGACGUCAUCUGCAGGCUCCAUCAUAGGUUUCAGCGGACUCUCCAACUUUAACGGUCGAGGAAUGGGCACAAAGGUAUGGAAAUAUUUAGGCAUCCCAUAUGCACACCCACCUAUCGGUGAACGAAGAUUCAGAAAGCCCGUCCCUGUGACGAAUUUUUUAACAGCGUUCAAAGCUUUUAAUUUUGGCCCUGCAUGUCCUCAAAAUACUUUCAUGGCAAGCAAGUGGAUUCCUGGUGAAACAACAUAUUCCGAGGAUUGUUUGACAUUGAAUAUAUUUGUACCGGAAGUGACAUCAUCGAAUACUAGCAAACUCCCGGUAAUGAUAUGGAUUCACGGUGGGGCUUACGCUAUUGGACAGUCUGGGAUAUAUUCCGGGGAAAAUUUGGCAGCAUUCGGUGACGUUAUCGUAGUAACAAUGAAUUACAGAUUAGGGCCUUUUGGUUUCCUAGCAACUCAUGAUGACGAAACGAAAGGUAACUAUGGUCUGUGGGAUCAACAUCUUGCCAUAAAAUGGGUUCACAAUAAUAUUGGUCCUUUUGGCGGAAACGCAGCAGAAGUGACUUUGUUUGGGGAAUCAGCCGGCGCAGCGAGUGCAGUAUAUCAUGCAAUGUACCCAGGUAACCGUGGAUUGAUAAAACGGAUAAUAUCUCAAAGCGGAAGUCCUGAUAGCGCAUGGGCAUUUCAAAAUCUUGAUGAUUCUGCAAGAUAUACUGCUCUUAUUGGGAAAUCUUUGGGUUGUCCAGAUUUGACAAACACCGCAGCAGUUGUGAAAUGUCUGAGAGGAAAGCCAUUCCAAGAUAUCAUCAACCACUCGAGGGUAGGCGCACUGAAUGAGACAUUGUUCAGGCCAGAGUUUGUCCCUGUGAUCGAUAAUGAAAUAGUAUCCGUAGAUCCACUUGCAGCUUUUGGACCAGACAAUACUAUGCCAAGAAUGGUAAGAGAUUAUUUUUCCGAAAUUGACGUCAUGACUGGAAUCAACCAAGGGGAUGGUGGCUUCAUUACUUCCGCGUCACUGUUGCCAUUCUUACAGAAAAUUAAGACUUCGUUUCCAUCAAAAUCUUCUCGUGAUAUCGUAGAAGACACGAUAAUUCCGUUGAUACUGGCAGACCGCCUUGGAAAUACAACCGCAACGCUUAACAAAGUCACGGCAUUUCUUUACAAGGAUUGGAAUAAACCUUUUACAGAAAACCGGACAUAUCUACAGGAACUUCUAGACAUUGCCUCAGACCAUUUCUUCUUCAUUCCUUCUCUGUUCACAGCUCGAACCCACGCUAAAAAUACAAACAGUGCUUCUACCUACCUUUUCCAGUUUUCAUAUCAUUCCUCAUACACCAAUUCAUCGGAUUGGAUAAAGGGCGCUCAACACGGCGACGAGAUCUCGUACGUGUUUGGUUUCCCUGCAGGAACGCUAAAAUCAGCGAUGAAAUAUCCGGAUCACGUGACUCAACAAGAGACGACGCUAUCUGCCACCGUUAUGACGUAUUGGACAAACUUUGCGAAGUCAGGGAAUCCCAAUUACCCAAUGAGCGUGGUAAACAGUCCAAUGUGGCCUGCAUAUGACCUUGACCAUCUUCGAUACAUUGAUUUUGAUACCAAUGUGACAUUAAAUACCCACAUGUACGCCACACGCGAGGCAUUUUGGUUACAUUUGGCGCGUGAUCUACAAAAUAACGCCAUACCCGGUGGAACAUCAACGGAUGUAUUUCCUCCUCUUCCAGGAAUUAUCAUAGGAUGAAGUUUCUUUAACUCUAAAUGUUUGUUUCACAUUAUUAAAAAAUGAGAAUACUAA